CAUCUGCAACUGUUUUCGUUUCACUAAAAAGAGUUUCAUUCAGUCCAAGUUCCACCGUCCGACUACUGCACAAGCAGGGAUAGCUCCCCGAGGCUCGAUAGAUCGCAAUGUGAACGAUAAUGCCACGGUGACAACGUGAAGACGGUGUUGUAGCCGGCCGAUAGAAAAAUGUUCUCCUGCGUUGUAUCGGCACAACAGUUGCUAGUGAAGUCGAUAUUAUUCUCACUCCUGGCCAACGAACUUGCACUCGGACGGCCGAUUGUAAACGGAUUGGUACCGGAAUAUCUCGAACAGUUCCAUUUUGCAGUAUCUCUUCAACGGACCGAGGAUGCUGCAGGAGGAACCAACCGGACGCACUUUUGCGGUGGGACAUACAUUGGCGAUGGAUGGAUUGUGACUGCUAAUCACUGCAUUACUAGUUUCAGCAGCGAGAAUGAUACAAUCAUAACCUACAUUGGGGGGCAUCAGCUAAACGGCACCGAUCAUUGGAGGGUUUUUUCGAUUGAUAAGACAAUCAGUAAUCCAAGUUAUAAUCGAUAUACUCUGGACGGUGACAUUGCCUUACUGCACGUAGAUGUCACCACUUCUGACGGUCAUUUUCUUGAUUCACUAGACGAAAUGAUAGAAGGUACACUUUUAUUACCAACAAGGUCACUCGCCGGUGGCGGUGUUUUCGAUUCUAAUGUCCUUAAUCUAAUUGGUGACCGAGAGGAGGAACAUGAGAACGAGUACGGUUCGGAAGAGUGUCACAUCUAUGGCUAUGGAUCAGCCACGUUCUAUGGCCCUGGCAGCAAUUUGUUGCAAUACGGUCCCGUCCAACCGCUCGGUCACAGAGAGUGUAGGGAAAUGCUUGGGCCGGUAGUAGCGCCGGCAGCGGCCAAUUCUGGAAUGUUCUGCGCGAUUGGAUUAGCCGAUGCUUGUAAGGGAGACUCCGGCGGAGGGCUGGUAUGCCGUCGAAGGUUAACUGGACCGUCGGAGGUAGAAUCGUUCGAUAACGCAAGACCGUACACACUGCGUGGGGUGAUUUCCUAUGGUGCUGGCUGUGGUCUUCCUGCGUCACCGGGAGUCUACGCCGAUGUUGGAUUCUAUUGGGACUGGAUUCAGGAGCAAAUAUUAAUGACAUCUCAAUCGAAUAUUGUAAGUUCGAAAUAA